AUGGCUUCCAACCCCCCUGGUGCCUGCUGUGCCUCUGGCUUCAAGCAUGAGGGUACUCCUGUCGGCGAGGUGAAGAACAUUGACGGAGUCAACACCUACGUCGUCUACCCCAAAGACAACAAAACCCCCGACAAGGCUGUCCUCUUCCUAACCGACGUCUUCGGCAUCUUCCCCAACGCCCAGCUGCUCGCCGACGAGUUCGCCAGCAAUGGCUACCUGACCAUCAUCCCGGAUCUGUUCCGGGGCGACCAGAUCAAGGUUGCCGACAUGGACAGCGGCAAGGUGAACCUCCCCUCGUGGAUCUCCAACCACCAGCCUGCGGUCGUGGAGCCCGUCGUGGAAUCGAGUAUCAAGUAUCUUCGUGAGACCCUGGGUGUGAAGAAGAUUGGUGCUGUUGGGUAUUGCUUCGGAGCCAAGUAUGUCUGCCGGUACCUGCAACCCGGCCAGAUUGACGUUGGCUACUCGGCGCAUCCCUCGUUCGUCACUCAUGAGCUGCUUGGUGCUAUCCAAGGCCCGUUUUCCAUUGCUGCUGCUGAAAUCGACCAAAUCUUCACCACCCAGCUCCGCCAUGAGUCCGAGGAUACUCUGAUCAAAACUGGCCAGCCCUGGCAGAUCAACCUCUUCGGCGGAGUCAAGCAUGGGUUCGCUGUGCGCGGCGACCUGAACGACAACAAACAGAAGUUUGCCAAGGAGCAGGCGUUCUAUCAGGCUGUUCUGUGGUUCAACCAGUUCCUGUAG